AUGCCGGGCUCCGUUGGAAGUGAUGAAUUCGACGAUGAUGAGAACUUCAUUCUAGAUAUCGACAGCAUCCAAGCCCAUGGCAUUGGCGCAGCUGACAUCACCAAGCUGAAGGCUAACGGGUUUUAUACCAUUGCUUCCGUUCACGGCGCCACCCGCAAAACUCUCUUGAAAAUCAAAGGAUUCAGCGAAGUCAAGGUCGAGAAAGUCAAAGAAGCAAUUCAGAAAUGUCUUCCCACAGCAUCGGGUUUCAUCACAGCAAUGGAACUCCACCACCAGCGCAAGAAAGUCGUCCGCAUCUCAACCGGCAGCAAGCAAUUUGACGCAAUCCUGAACGGUGGCUUUCAAAGUAUGAGCAUCAGCGAAGUCUUCGGUGAAUUUCGCUGCGGCAAAACACAAUUAUCACACACGAUGUCCGUAGUCGCGCAACUACCCAAAGAACUAGGCGGUGCAGCCGGCAGAGUCGCCUACAUCGACACAGAGGGCACGUUCCGGCCCGAGCGCAUUGCUCAAAUCGCAGAACGGUUCGGGCUUGAUCCCGAUACCGCGCAGGAGAAUAUUUCCUAUGCGCGCGCGCUAAACAGCGAGCACCAGCUCGAGUUGCUGAAUACGCUUUCUCAGGCAUUUGUGGGUGGCGAGUAUCGGUUGCUUGUUAUUGAUAGCAUCAUGAACUGUUUUCGGGUUGAUUAUUGUGGACGUGGGGAAUUGGCGGAUCGUCAGCAGAAGUUGAAUCAGUUUUUGAUGAAACUGGCCCAUAUGGCGGAAGAAUUUAACGUCUGUGUCUUGAUGACAAACCAGGUCCAGAGUGACCCUGGUGCUAGUGCUCUCUUCGCUGGAGCUGAUGGUCGCAAGCCAGUUGGUGGACAUGUUCUUGCUCAUGCUUCCACUACUCGUGUGCUCCUUCGGAAGGGUCGGGGUGAUGAGCGAGUUGCCAAGAUUCAGGAUUCUCCCGACCCAGAUUCCACCCGCUCCCUCUUCCUCGUCAACGUCCCAAUCGACACCACAGAAGCCCACCUCCGCCACCUCUUCGGCACACAACUUGCCGCAGGCCGUGUAGAAAGAGUCCAAUUCGAAGAUGUGCAGACCAAAAAGCGCGCAGCGGCAGCAACCACAGAAACAAACCUAACCCAAUCCAAAAAGAAGCGCAAGCGCGUAACCGCCGACGAAUUCGAACGCUACCUAGACGACAUCAACCUCCCAUCAACCUGGGACCGCAAACUCCAAAAGAGCGGCGCCCACGCAGUCGUCAUCUUCGCCGACAAGCCCAGCAUGGAAACCAGCCUGAAAGCUGCCACCAAGGCCUCCAAGCGCGGCACCACCAUCGUCUGGGGCGACGGCCUACCGACAGACCGCAUUCCAGCCCUCGGAUUGAAUCGGUACGUUGCGCACGAGCGCAUGCAGUUCCCCGAUCGGGGCACGCUGCUGCGGACCGUGAAUGAGUUCAUGACUACGUUUACUCAGGUGUCUGAGGCGCGCAAGCGCGAGGAUCACAAGCGUCUUGCUGUACCGGAUGAGGAUGGAUUCGUUACUGUUUCGCAUGGACCGAAAUUGAAUUCUGUGGCGAGGGAGGAGGAGAUGAGGGAGCUUGUUGAGAAGCAGAAGAAGAAGGCUGAGGGACUUGAGGACUUCUAUCGGUUCCAGUCUCGGGAGAAGAGGAAGGAGAGACAGAAUCAGCUGCUUAGGCGCUUUGAUGAGGAUAAGAAGAAGUUGGCGGAGAUUAAGGCCCGGAAGGGGAAGAUUCGACCUGAAUGA